UGGAGGUCCGUGCGUAUCGCUCACCCAUCGACUGGUGACGAAACGUGAGUGUACAGCGCGCCUAUCGCAGGAACUAGCCAGAGUGAACUGCGGUCCGAUCGAGGGAAGUGAGAUGGUUGAUAAGGUCGUCCCUGCCGGAGGAUUGGCGCCAUGAGCCAUGCAGCCGGGCAGCUGGGGGGCCGCGCUGGGGUUCACCGGACUGCUCGCGGUCGCAGUAGCCUUGCCUCCUGUCGUCAAAAUAGGGGCGAUAUUUACGGAGGAUCAGAAAGACAGUUCCACUGAAUUAGCUUUCAAACACGCCGUGUACAAAAUAAACAGAGAUAAGACGCUUUUACCUUACACAUCCCUCGUGUACGACAUCCAAUAUGUGCCACGGGACGACAGUUUUCAUGCCAGCAAGAAAGCGUGCAAUCAAGUCCAAUUCGGUGUCCACGCCGUUUUCGGACCAUCCGAUCCCCUGCUGGGUGCACACAUCCACUCCAUAUGCGACGCACUCGACAUUCCGCAUCUGGAAGCCCGCCUGGACCUGGACGCCGACGUCAGGGAGUUCUCGAUUAACCUGCACCCCGCCCAGCAGCUGCUGAACGCCGCCUUCAAGGACGUGAUGAACUUCCUCAACUGGACGAAAGUGGCCAUUGUUUAUGAGGAAGAUUACGGGCUAAUAAAACUGAGAGAGCUGGUUCGGUCACCUCACAACGGCGACCUGGAAAUCCACCUGCGCCAGGCAGACCCGGAAUCCUAUCGAGCCGUUCUGAAGGAGAUCAAGAGCAAGGAGAUACACAACAUCGUCAUAGACACGAAACCCUCGAACAUGCAGCACUUCCUCAAAGGGAUACUCCAGUUGCAAAUGAACGACUACAAGUACCACUACCUCUUCACCACCUUCGACAUAGAAACCUUCGACCUAGAAGAUUUUAAGUACAACUUCGUCAACAUGACCGCGUUCCGAGUCGUGGACAUCGACGAUUCCUCGGUGAAAGAGGUGCUCAGAGAUAUGGUGAAGUUCCAAUCGAACAGAGAAGUCCAGCCAAUAAACUCCAGCUAUAUUCAGGCGGAAGCCGCCCUGAUGUACGACUCUGUUUUCGUCUUCGCCAUCGGCUUGCAGACGCUGGAGCAGUCGCACACCCUGAAGCUGUCCAACGUGUCCUGCGACAAGGAGCAGCCUUGGGACGGCGGCCUCAGCCUUAUCAAUUACAUUAAUGCG